AUGGGGUACGGGUGGAUCAAGAUACUUCUUGUUGCAGAACUCUGCAUCUCACUGUCCGUAGUUUUAUUUGUGUCGUACACGGAAAUUGAUUGGAAUGCCUAUAUGCAGGAGGUCAAAGGAUUCCUUGAAGGUGAGCUUGAUUACAGAAGGCUUGGGGGCGAUACAGGGCCUCUUGUUUACCCGGGCGGUUUUGUAUGGACAUACAGUGCCCUUUAUUUCAUUACAAAGGAAGGAAAGGACAUCGCAAUGGCUCAGUGGUUGUAUGCAGGAAUGUACAUCAUGCUUUUUGCUGUGGUUGCUCAGCUGUACAUGCGGUGUAAGAUUCGUGGGCGUCUGCUUAUUCGUCUUCUUCUCUCGAAGCGUAUACGAUCACUUUUUCUGCUGCGUCUUUUUAACGACUGCUGGGCCAUAUUACUUUUGUAUUUUGCCGUAGUCGCACUUGCCACUGGGCGUCGGUGGAAGCUUGGAUGUUUGCUCUACAGCAUGGCCGUAUCCGUAAAAAUGAAUAUAUUUCUCUUUGCUCCGGGGUUACUGUUAAUUCUCUGCCGAUCUCUUCCGUGGCACGGUGUUAUUUCGUGCCUUACUGUAUGUGCCAUGUGGCAAGUGGGAGUGGCGCUCCCUUUUCUUUUGUGGGAGCCGCAAGGGUACAUUCAAAAGGCUUUUGAACUGGGACGCGUAUUUACACACCGUUGGACUGUCAACUUCAAGUGUGUCCCUGAAGAGGUGUUCGUAUCGAAGGAGUUUGGCCAGGUGUUGUUGCUCCUCACCGUAUUGAGUUGGCUUUUGCUCUGGCGUAGGCGGUGGUCAAAACGCCGAUUUCUGCCUGCCCAGAUGACAACUCAGAAGAGCGUUGAACUUGGAAAUUCCCGAGGUGUUAAGGUUGGUACCUCAGACGACGAGGUAUAUAGAAAUAUUGUUUUGACCAUGAUGGAGUCCAAUUUGAUUGGGGCCAUAUUUGCCCGUUCCCUUCACUAUCAGUUCUUGGUGUGGUUUUUUCAUUCAAUGCCGAUGGUGCUGUCCGCGACACGGUUGCCUUUCCCGCUUCAGAUUGCUUCCGUUGUGGCGGUGCAGUACGGCUUCGAGGCAUACCCUAGCACGGCACAGUCAUCUAUGGUGCUGUUGUGCGGCUUCUUCGUGGCAUGGUAUGGUAUUGUGUGGAUGGGCGAAGACGGCGGCCGUGCCAUCACCCAGCGGUGCAAGCGAGAAGCUGCACGGGGAGCGGCCUCUGCGAUGACCCCGACUGCUCUCCCCAUAAAGUGUUGA